UCUUCUACGUCUUCAUCUACCAGGAUCGACGUUGAGACAACAGGAACCAGAGAGGCUUUGGCCCCCCAAAAAAGGAAAAAAAAAAAAAAGAGAAGGAGAGAUUGCCUUGCCUUCUAAUUUCUCUCUCUCCAGCCACAGAACAAUGUCGAUGAGCCCUAAGCAUACGACUCCUUUUUCUGUUUCCGAUAUCUUGAGUCCCCUUGAGGAGAGCUAUAAGAAAUUAAGUAUGGAGAAUAACAACUUGGGGGCUCCUCUCACUUCUUACCGGCAGCCGCAGGUUUCUCAGGCGGCGAUGCAGCAGCACCACAUGGGCCACAAUGGGACUGUGUCCGCGGCGUACCACAUGACCGCGGCAGGUGUUUCUCAGCUGUCGCACACGGCCAUGGGCGGCUACUGUAACGGCAACCUGGGCAACAUGGGCGACCUGCCCUCCUACCAGGACGGCAUGCGGGGCAGCGCCACGGCCACCGGCUGGUACGGAGAACCGGACCCGCGCUUCUCCACCAUUUCUCGCUUCAUGGGCUCGUCCUCGGGCAUGAACAUGGGCAGCAUGGGCAGCCUCAGCUCCCUGGCAGACGUGGGCAAAGGCAUGGGCUCUCUGUCCAGCACCCCACGCAGGAAGAGGCGAGUGCUGUUCUCGCAGGCGCAGGUGUACGAGCUGGAGCGACGAUUCAAGCAGCAGAAAUACCUGUCGGCGCCGGAGAGGGAGCACCUGGCCAGCAUGAUCCACCUCACCCCGACCCAGGUAAAAAUCUGGUUCCAGAAUCACCGGUACAAGAUGAAGAGACAGGCCAAGGACAAGGCGUCGCAGCAGCAGCUGCAGCAGGACAGCGGCUCCUGUCAGCAGCAGCAGCAGCAGCAGCAGCAGCAGUCGCCGCGGAGAGUGGCCGUGCCGGUGCUGGUCAAAGACGGCAAGCCGUGCCAAGGCACCGGCCACACUCCCACAUCGUCCGCGCAGACGCACCACCAGCAGGGAGGCAACGUCAUGAUCAUGUCCAACAACACGUCCGGCCUCGGGCAGCACCAGAGCCAGCAGGUGGGAAGCACGGCGCACUCUCCAGAUCUGGCGCCGCACUCCUCCAGUCCGCCGUCCCUGCAGGGCCAAGUGUCCGGCCUCUCCCACCUCAACUCCCCGGGCUCAGAGUACGGCUCGGCCCUGCAGUGCUCGGCCCUGUUGUACGGCAGGACAUGGUGACAACAGGCGCGGGUUUCGAUGUGAACCUGAACCUGAACCUGAACCUGAACCAGGACUCGCUAUAGUUUUCACUGUAAAUGCGCGCGUUUGAAAACAGAAAAGCGCGUGAAGUCGCUGCUGCUGCUGCUGCGCAUCUUCACUUUUCACCUGCUGUUUUUCU